AUGGUAGAUCGUUUGGCAAAUAGUGAAGCAAAUGCAAGGCGUAUAAAUCUAGUGGAAAACUGUUUUGGUGCAGCUGGUCAACCUUUGGCUAUUCCUGGCCGAGUUUUUAUUGGAGAGGGUGUGUUAACAAAACUUUGCAGGAAGAAACCUAAAGCAAGGCAGUUUUUCCUGUUCAACGACAUUCUUGUGUUUGGUAAUAUUGUUCUACAGAAGAAGAAAUAUAAUAAACAACACAUUAUUCCCCUAGAAAAUGUCACAAUUGACACACUGCCCGAUGAGGGAGACAUACGGAAUGGGUGGCUUAUCAAGACUCCCACAAAAUCGUUUGCCGUUUAUGCUGCCACUGCAAUGGAAAAAUCUGAAUGGAUGAGUCACAUAAAUAAAUGUGUGUAUGAUUUAAUAUCAGGAAGUGGAAAGACUCCUAAUAGUGAACAUGCUGCUGUCUGGAUCCCGGAUUCUGAGACCUCAAUUUGUAUGCGCUGUCAGAAGGUUAAGUUUACCCCAGUUAACCGCCGCCAUCAUUGUCGGAAAUGUGGUUUUGUUAUCUGCGGACCCUGUUCUGAAAAAAAGUUUCUUCUGCCAAGCCAGUCUUCGAAGCCUGUGCGAGUUUGUGAUUUCUGCUAUGAUCUUCUAACCACCGGGGAAUUGACUUUAGGCCAAGCCAGCAGAUGAGUCUUAUUUUGCCAAUCUCCCAAAACCUCAAACAAUUUGU